AUGAAGACCUCCAUCAUCCCUACCAUUGCCAUGCUGCUCAUCUCCAGCAGCUUGGUCGAUGCCCGCACUUGCGUGUGUCUUUUCAAGGACCUGGACGGCAACAACCAGGGUUCCCAGGGAUCUACAGCCCACUGCUGCGGUAACGACGUCGUCACUGGACCCUUCCACAACGCUGCCUUCUACUGCCCCAACAGACAGGAGAGUGCCGCCGCCUUCGAUUCCUGCUGCAGAGGCUGGAUCGCCAGCUCGUUCGGAUCUUGCGACAGCUAA